UGAUUAUAUUAUUUGAAUGUACGUCAUGUACGAAACUAAUUGUAAUGUACGACCACCACCGCCGAAAAUGUCGCCACGAAAACGUGAUAGACAAAGCAUGUGGAAGCAUCGAAGGAAGAUGAGGUGGAUGUGGCGGCUCUUGAAUGACGCUCGUUCAUAGAAGGUGCAUCGCGGAUAGCUUCCUGUACAGACUGUAGUAACACGACCCAGCCACCGAUCCACCGAUCCAGCACCCCUGUUGUGUCGUGGAAAUGUACAUGUUAUCCCCUUCCACACUUCCUACGCGCGUUCCCGUCGGAGGCGGCGAGCGAGCUGCAUAUCCUUGGGCAUGAUCGUGACCCGCUUGGCAUGGAUGGCACACAGGUUCGAGUCCUCGAAGAGGCCGAUGAGGUCGGCCUUGUAAUCCUGCGCAAUUUCACGCACGAGACGCUGGAACGGCAGCUUGCGGAGCAACAGGUCGGUUGUCUUUUGGAAGCGCCGGAUUUCCUGAAGGGCGACGGUCCCGGGGCGGUACCGAUGUGGCUUCUUGAUGCCGCCCGACACCGGCGGGCGUGUCUUCUUGGCCGCCAGUUGCUUCCGCGGUGCUUUGCCGCCGGUGGAGCUUCGGUUGGACUGCUUCGUGCGGGCCAUAGCGAGCGAGCGGUACACAACACCUUGACCAAACAAACAUGCGCGUAACGCACCCGAAACGGCCGAGAUAGGGUUGAAUUUGAAACGGCGCACCCGAAAUACUGUGGAACUCGUCGAUGACAACCAAAGUGAUUGACAUUAUGCCCCUGAGGGUGGACGCCGUGAUGACAAUCUCCGGUGGAGGGGGCUGCUUUACUAGCACCAUGCCUUUUCCACUCGUAGGCCAGUGUUUGUCCUGAAAGUUAUUGAACGAAGCCGUACGAUGGACA